UAGACGAAAUUGUGCACAUGGAUUAUUGACAAGUUUCAUGCAGUGAAACUUUUUGCAGUUUUAAGCCAGUUUGUAAAGAUAAAGGGAGGAUUUAUUUUUGCGCAAGUAUUAAUUAUUUAGCAAAACAUGGUACUAUCGUGUCGAUUUUAUAAAGAAAAGUAUCCAGAGGUGGAGGAUGUGGUGAUGGUAAAUGUACGCAGUAUAGCUGAGAUGGGCGCAUAUGUUCAUUUAUUGGAGUACAAUAAUAUUGAAGGCAUGAUCUUGCUCUCUGAGCUCUCUAGAAGACGUAUUAGAUCUAUUAACAAACUUAUCCGAGUAGGCAAAACUGAACCAGUUGUUGUUAUUCGUGUAGAUAAGGAGAAAGGUUAUAUUGAUCUGAGUAACUCUGCUGAGGAUGUGGAAAAAUGUACGGAGAGAUAUGCUAAGGCUAAAGCUGUUAAUUCUAUUUUAAGACAUGUGGCAGAGUUGUUGCAUUAUGAUAAUGACGACCAGCUUGAAGAACUCUAUCAGAAAACAGCUUGGCAUUUUGAAGAAAAAUACAAGAAACAGAAGGCAUCUGCUUAUGAUUUUUUCAAACAAUCAGUAUUGGAUCCUUCCAUUUUAGCAGAAUGUGGUUUGGAUGAACAAACGAAGGAAGUGUUGCUAAAUAAUAUUAAGCGAAAACUUACUUCGCAAGCGGUUAAAAUUAGAGCAGAUGUGGAAGUGGCUUGUUAUGGUUAUGAAGGGAUUGAUGCUGUUAAGACUGCAUUGAAGGCAGGCUUAGCUCUUUCCACCGAUGAACUUCCUAUAAAAAUUAACUUAAUUGCUCCGCCAUUAUAUGUCAUGACAACAUCUACCCCAGAAAAACAGGACGGUUUAAAGGCGUUAGGUGACGCAAUCGAAGUCAUACAGAAUAAAAUAACGUCACUUGGAGGUGUAUUCAACGUACAAAUGGCACCAAAAGUUGUUACUGCGACGGAUGAAGCAGAAUUAGCGAGACAGAUGGAACGAGCGGAACUCGAAAAUGCAGAGGUUGCUGGUGAUGAUGAAGAAGAGGUGGAAGGAUUGGAAGGCGAUUUUAGUGGUAGCGAAGGAGCCGAACAAAACAGCAAAGGUAUCGAACAGAAUGGCAAAACUAUAGACGAGAACGAUAAAGAAGAUGUAUCCGAGGAGGAUAAUUGAAAAAAAAAUAUAUAUAUGGAAAUAAAGUAUUCUUGAUUAACUAACAGACAUUUGCAUGUUUUUCAAUACC